AUGAAAUUGAGUAGGUUCAAUUUACUAGUGGUGGGAAUACUAUUCCACUUGUGUUAUUUGUGGUCCAUUUUCGAUAUCUAUUUCGUAUCACCAUUAAUUCAUGGAAUGCAACAACACCAAAGUACCCCAAAUCCACCUGCAAAAAGAUUGUUUUUAAUAGUUGGCGAUGGCCUUAGAGCUGACACUUUAUUAACAAAAGUUCAACUACCCAAAACAACUCUCAACUCGUCCAUUGAAAACACCCAGCAAGAAAUUUAUCUUUCUAAUGAUCAAAACUCCAUAUUUUUAGCUCCAUACUUGAGAUCAAUUAUAUUGAAUAAUGGGACAUAUGGAAUAUCUCACACAAGAAUGCCAACUGAAUCGAGACCUGGCCAUGUCGCAAUGAUUGCUGGGUUUUAUGAAGACGUUAGUGCUGUUACCAAAGGUUGGAAAGAAAAUCCUGUUAAUUUUGAUUCAGUUUUUAAUCAAUCGUACCAUACUUUUUCGUUUGGUUCGCCUGAUAUUUUGCCAAUGUUUAAAACCGGUGCAUCAGAUCAAGACAGAAUUCAAACAGUAAUGUAUGGCCAUGAAUUUGAAGAUUUCACAAAAUCUUCUAUUGAAUUGGAUUCUUUUGUUUUCAAAAAUCUAAAUGAUUUAUUUUUAAAUUCAACUAGAGAUCCAAAAUUGGAUGAGCUUAUUCACAAAGAUAAAGUUGUAUUUUUUUUACAUUUAUUGGGCUGUGACACAGCUGGUCAUAGUUAUAGGCCAUAUUCGAUUGAGUAUUACCAAAAUGUUCAGUAUAUCGAUAAUCAAUUAAAGGAUUUGAUUCCAAAAAUCAACGAUUUCUUUGGCGAUGAGGAGACUGCUUUUAUAUUCACUGCUGAUCAUGGAAUGUCUGCUCUAGGUUCUCAUGGCGACGGUCAUCCUAAUAAUACUAGAACCCCCUUUAUUGCUUUUGGAAAAGGUAUCAAUAAACCUUUAGUCAGAUCUCCACUCACCCCAAUAGAUAAUACAUAUCCCGAGGAUGACCCCGAAUUUAAUUCAAAUGUUUGGCUUUUGGAUCACAUUAAAAGAAACGAUCUAAAGCAAGCUGAUAUUGCCACAUUGAUGGCCUAUCUAAUUGGUGUAAAUUAUCCUUCAAACUCCGUAGGAAAGCUACCUUUAGAUUUUAUUGACAACAAUUUGUUAGUUGAUAAGCUAUAUGCUUUUCAUCAAAAUUCUUUAUCAAUCUUUGAACAAUUAAAAGUUAAAGAAGAAAAUGUCAGAAAUCACCAAUUCUUUUACAAACCAUUUCUAAAAUUUCAAAAUAUAUCACUUGCUAAAGAAAAAUACGUUGAUAACUUUAAUGCUCAAAUCAACCAAAUCCAAUUGAUAAUUGAUGAUUAUUACUACAAUACCAAUAAUGAACUUGAGGGGGGAUAUCUUGAUGAUCCUCAUUUGAAAACAUUGGAAAAUCAAAUAAUUACUUUAAUUAGCACAUUUAUUGACGAUUCUUUGGAGGGAUUAAAUUAUUUACAGCAGUAUAAUUGGAUUUUGCUAAAAUCAAUUGUAACCUUUGGUUUUAUUGGAUGGAUUAUUUAUUCAUUUAUGAUUUUCUUAAACACUUAUAUUUUAAUUGGUACUGAAUCAACUGCGACUUCAACUUCAACUUUCAAUUUUAUUAACUCAAGUUUUACCAUCAUAGUAACAGGAAUAUCCAUUUGUUUCAACUUGCAAAAAUACCCAAUAAUGUACUACUUGUACUUGGUAUUUCCUGUUUUCUUUUGGCAACAAAUAUUUAGCAAAAGAGCUGCUUUGAUCAAAGGAACCAGAUUAUUUUUUCAAAACACUCCAUUUUUCUCAAAAAUUUUUUAUUUUAUUUUAAUCAUCUCCACUUUUGAAGCAAGUACUUAUGGUUUCUUUAAUAGAAAAACAUUCUCAAUUAUGUUUGCAUUUCUAUCUGUCUAUCCAAGUUUCGUCUAUAAGAAUUACAAGUUUGGUGAAAAUUUCUUCUGGAUCCUAAAUUGUCUUAUCAUGUCAACAUUUACCUGGUCUGAUGCAAUUAAAACAGAAAGUUUAUUAGAAAUCAAUUUGGGUGGGAUACUAAUGAUAAUUAUUUCAGGAGUUGGAUUCAAAAAAAUAUCCAAUCAAGGAAAGAUUGAUACAUCAUUUAAAAUAAAUACAUAUUCUAAAAUCCUUAUAAAUAUUCAAGUAUUGUUGAUUAUUGUAAUGUUAAUAACAACAAACAUAUCAGUUAAUUCAUUACAGGCAAGAAAUGGAUUGCCAUUUUAUUCAAAAGUCUCAGGAUGGGCUACGUUAAUCAUAUCAUUGUUUGUCAUGCCUAUUUUGCACCAUUUCAAUCCAGACAGCAACUUGGACUUGAGGUUAUUGAUAUUAUUUAUAACAUUUUCUCCAACCUUUUUAAUAUUUACGAUAUCUUUUGAAUCUUUGUUUUAUUGUGAAUAUUCUUUGAUAUUAUUACAAUGGAUUAAAAUUGAAACUGAUUAUAAAAAUAAAAAGAUAAUCUCUAGUGACAAUAAAACAGAUUGGUUGCAAAUAUUGAGAAUAUCAAUAAUUGGAUUCUUUUUAUGUCAAAUUGCAUUUUUUGGAACCGGAAAUAUUGCCUCGAUAUCUUCAUUUUCAUUAGAAAGUGUUUGUAGGUUGAUACCAGUCUUUAAUCCAUUCUCAAUGGGAGUAUUAUUAGUAUUAAAAUUGCUUAUACCAUAUAUUUUAUUAUCAACGGGCCUAGGGAUUUUAAAUAUUUCAUUAAGUAUAAGUUUCUUUACCAUAUCCACUCUAAUUAUCUCAUUAAGUGAUUUGUUAUCAUUGAAUUUUUUCUUUUUGGUUAAAACUGAGGGAAGUUGGUUAGAUAUCGGAAUGACCAUUUCAAACUAUUGUAUUGCAAUCUUAUCCAGUUUAUUUAUUAUUUUGUUGGAGAGUAUCAGUCAAAUAUUACUAAAAGGCAUUAAUAUUAACAAUGGGAUUCUUAAGGCAGUUAAGAGCGAUCAUGAAGAUUCUAUAUUAGAUUUGCAAAAGGAGCUAAACGAAUUAAAUAUUGAUGACAACUCAAUUAUAGAGAACAUUGAUAUUACUGAUGAAAGACCAAUUAGUGCCAGAUUACGUCAUAUUAGACGUAAUGAAUAA